UUAGGAGAACUACACGUACCUCUCGAGGUGUGUGGGGCAGUCGUAAAGAGAGAGCUUGACUAUUGGCAAAUCUUGGAAACACAUAUAAAGUCUUGCUGUUGGAGGAAUUACCGAACUUACAUAGAAAACCAGCGGAUUUUGGAAGCGUUUAAUCACAGUGUUUUGUCAGAUCAACAGAAGAAUAUAGAUACAGACAGUCUUACUGGGUGGGAAAAGUACAGGACAAAAAUGUGGCUUCUUCUCGAGUAUCCCAGGACAUCGAGGGCAGCUCUGAUAUUUGGAAUAAUUUCCUUGAUGUUUGUGGUGUUGUCUAUACUUGGAUUUUGCCUUGAAACUCUACCAGACCUUCGUCCUGUAAACGUGUCACUCGAUGCCAAUUCAACUGGAAGAUGCGAAAGCAAAAACAUAACUGUCAAUUACGUUUUAAAACCUAAUGAGGUCUUGAAUAUACUUGACGUUAUCUGUACGACAUUUUUCACAGCUGAAUUAAUUGUUCGAUUUAUAUUUUCACCAAACAAGUUGAAGUUUAUCCGUAGCGCCAUGAACAUAAUUGAUAUGUUGGCACUUGUCCCGCUCUACAUGCAGGUCAUUCUCAACACAGAAGCGUUUAAAUUCUGCUAUAUGAAUGAACGACUGAUAUUUGAGAUCAUGUUUAUUUUGCGAAUCAUACGAAUGUUUCGUAUAUUUCAUCUUGUAAAACAUUAUCAGGCCUUGCAGAUUUUAGUCUAUGCAAUAAAAGCUAGUAUUCAGGAACUACUUAUGCUCCUCAUUUUCCUACUUAUUGGAAUGCUUGUUUUUGCCACAAUGAUAUAUUAUGCUGAGAGAGAAGACGCUUUUAACCAAGGAACUCAAUUUUCAACUAUUCCAAUAGGAUUUUGGUGGUCGAUCAUUACUAUGACAACGGUUGGUUACGGAGAUAUUGCGCCCUCUACACCGUUAGGUUAUGUUGUUGGAACUUGUUGUUCAAUUUGCGGGGUGCUCAUGGUGGCAUUAACAAUCCCUGUAAUAUCGAACAAUUUUACGCUGUUUUAUACUCAUGUGAGGUCACGUGGAGGCAGAAGGUCGUCAUCCGAAGGCCUGGACCAAAAUUUGUUUUUAACUAAUGACGACGAUGUUAAAAGUUACAAAUCUGUAAAGAGAACAUCAAAUGGUUCAAUUUUGAACGAAGUGCAUUUCUCACGUAAGAGAAAAGUCUCUGACAUGGCAACACUAGCCGUAAAUCAGAACAGAUUUAAAACGUACGGGUACAAUGGUGAUGUACGUUAUGGUUUGAUAACUGAUGCUGCAGAUGACAAACUAAAACUGUCCUCAUCUAUGAUAGAUAUCAGCAAGAAAGAUGAGGAAGUUGCAUACUACACCGCCAAUUCUGGCUUCAUAAAAGCGUAUUCGGAUGAUGGUGUGAUAUACUCAGGUAUGUAG